AUGAGUGAAUUGACCAUUGAAAGCAUCAAGAAAACUGAGUCCGAAUUGCUCCUAGACAGCGUUGACAGUGACGCUAUCUACAGCCUUGGAGCAAACGCUAGGAAAUUUGCAAACAAGGAGUUCCCAGGCCGUGAUAUCGUUAUAGAUAUCACAAGUGCUACUGGCAAUACCCUUUUCAGAUCUUACAUUGGCUCAAUCCUCCCAGACAAUGAGCAAUGGAUUAAGAAGAAGAGAAAUACUGUUUUCAGGUUUGGCAUCUCUUCAAAGAGAUUUGGAUUGGAACUCGCAGCGAAAGGUAGAACACUUGCAGACAAAUCGCUGAGUGAUUUGGAGUAUACAAACUAUGGUGGUGGGUUCCCAUUGAAGUUGAAAUCUGCUCCAGAUUUUGUCUUUGCUGUCUUAACAGUUAGUGGAUUGAAAGAGCACGAAGAUCACCAGCUCUGUGUUGAUGCCUUGAACUAUCACCUGACUGGUGGUGUUUGA